CGUCUGGUGUUUGUGGCCCAGGGGUGCCGGGGGCGACACAGCGAGCGAGAGGCGACUCCAGGCUCGGGGGCAAUGAGGAGAGGACUGGGGAGCCAGAAAUCGGAGCCUCCUGUCAGCCACAUCGGAAGGUUUUUCCAUGUGAGUGGGGAAGACAGUUGCUGCAAGUAGAAGUGACAUAACAUUUUUCUAGAAUGUCUGAAGAUGAAGAAAAAGUGAAAUUACGCCGUCUUGAACCAGCUAUCCAGAAAUUCAUUAAGAUAGUAAUCCCAACAGACCUGGAGAGGCUAAGAAAACACCAGAUAAAUAUUGAAAAGUAUCAAAGGUGCCGAAUCUGGGAUAAGUUGCAUGAAGAGCAUAUCAACGCAGGCCGUACAGUUCAGCAACUCCGUUCCAAUAUCCGAGAAAUGGAGAAACUUUGUUUGAAAGUCCGAAAGGAUGACCUAGUACUUCUGAAGAGAAUGAUAGACCCUGUUAAAGAAGAAGCAUCAACAGCAACAGCAGAAUUUCUUCAACUCCAUCUGGAAUCUGUAGAAGAACUUAAGAAACAAUUUAAUGAUGAAGAAACUUUAUUACAACCUUCUUUGACCAGAUCCAUGACUGUUGGUGGAACAUUUCAUACUGCUGAGGCUGAAGAUGAUCCUCAGAAUAUGACUCAGGUAUAUGCGUUGCCUGAAAUUCCUCGAGAUCAAAAUGCUGCAGAAUCAUGGGAAAGCUUAGAAGCGGACUUAAUUGAACUUAGCCAACUGGUCACUGAUUUCUCUCUCCUAGUGAAUUCUCAGCAGGAGAAGAUUGACAGCAUUGAAGACCAUGUCAACAGAGCUGCUGUGAAUGUUGAAGAGGGAACCAAAAACUUGGGGAAGGCUGCAAAAUACAAGCUGGCAGCUCUGCCUGUGGCAGGUGCACUCAUCGGAGGAGUGGUGGGGGGUCCGAUUGGCCUCCUUGCAGGCUUCAAAGUGGCAGGAAUUGCAGCUGCACUUGGUGGUGGGGUGUUGGGCUUCACAGGUGGAAAACUGAUACAAAGAAAGAAACAGAAAAUGAUGGAGAAGCUCACUUCCAGCUGUCCAGAUCUCCCCAGCCAAACUGACAAAAAAUGCAGUUAAAACCCAACUUCAGUCUUAUUGGCGCCAACAUGUCUAUCCUAAUGAGGACCUUUGCUGCUGUUGGACACUCAGUCAGUUUUGGAACAUGAUUAUAUCAAGAUAGUGGCUGUAGAUGUUCAAGUGGGAUUGAACUGUGAUAAGUGGAUAUAUUUUGUUGUUUGCUGGAGUGUUAAUGGAGAUGUUAGAGAUUGAGGAGCCUGGGAUGAGGGUGUGUAGUGUUGUCGGGUAAAGUUUAAAGACUGCCAAGGAGCAGAUUUUCUGCCUGGAAAUGUGAAAAUUGAGCUUACAACUCUGAUAAGGACUUGAGAUGUAUGGACAUGAUGGGUUAUGGAAGACUAGUUUAUUCUAUAACCCUGACUUGGAGACCCUAAGGUUAAGUAUCUUAUAAAUAUGUUUGUUUAUCUCCCAAACAUAGGAGAUUAUUUGGCCCAUUAACAAAGAAAAGAAUGGGGAGUUUAGGAGCCUUUCUUAUCAAAUAAGGAAGUCGGGGAGUUUAGGAGCCUUUCUUAUCAAAUAAGGAAGUCGGGAUCUCACGGGGGGGAACAGAUGAGCUACAUGGUGGAGUCCAUUUGGUGAACCUUAUUGCAGUUUGGUCACCUGUAUUUUCUGGUGUCGGACACUAAUAGUGUCAGAAAAUGGAAAGAGAGGUGCAACUUCUCUUGCAGGUAACUUAAUUUGUGACACUGGCUUCUUCUCUGAACUCUUCUUUCUGUCUCUCUUUAAAUAAAGAACACAGAAUCUCAAGUGGUAGGAGACUAUUAAGCCAGUCACUGAGCUUGCUCUGUCAGUCUGUCUCUUAACACCUCAAAGAUCCAGUGGCCUCUGCCUUCCCUCCCUUGUAAUUUUGAACAGUUCUUUGACUUGUGGGGUGAAUUCUACCCAUGUGUAAUGAGGACUUUUCUCAUAAUCUGCUUUCUUGUACUGUCUCUCAUCUCUGUUUCCUUCCAAUCAUCCUUACUUGUAACCUCUAGGUGAAAGAGAGAAAAAAAGGGAAGAGAAAUCUCCAAAUAUUGCCAACAUUGUUAGAGUUUGAGGUAAAAAAAAAUAAAUAAAUAAGCAGAAGGUAGGGGGACACCAGAUCAUUUCUUAGGGACGUCUUACAAUUUCAAGAGACUGAUGUCCCUGCCACACAGGGACUCUCUGACCCUAAGUCUUUCUAGCUGGCCCUUGGAGGAGGGCUUUCUACCUCACUUCUGUUACUGCCAUCCUUUUCCCCAGGCUCUGCUGUCUCCUGUGCUUUCCUUUACUUUUCACAGCUGCUAUUUCUUCCCAAGAAUGGCGUUCUUGCCUGCCUUUUCUCACAUUCAAGAUGGUAGACAAAGCCUGGUGCCAAGACUCAGUCCUCACGAAGGAUUUGUGGUGCUAAUCCCAACAGAGCAAGCAUGGCCCAGCCUAACCUAGUGUCUGUCUUAUCAAAUAGCAAAGAGAUUUUAAAUUUGGGAGAAAAGAAUUCAAAAUCACAGGUAGCCUCAUUCUGCACCCCCAACUCAUUUGAAAUAGGAAGGAACUUCCUUUUGCCUUAAUUUUUACUGUUUUCUGAGAGCAGAGGAAUGGGCACCUAUACCACCAAAUGUGUGAGCUCGGGAACCAGAUUCCUCAGGUGGUUGAAUGGUUUAUCACUUCUCUCUUGUUGAGUUUACUCUUAAUAAUUUUUAUUAAUUCUACCUUUUACUUCUUUGUCUAAUCUAAACAGACCUUUCUCUCUCCCACUUUCUUGACGGUCACUAAUGAAUCUUUUUUUUUCCCUUUUAUUUAAAUGCAAGUUAGUUAACAUAUAGUGUAAUAAUGGUUCAGGAGUAGAAUUAGUGAUUCAUCACUUUACAUCCCACUCACCAAUGAAUUCUAAUGAAGAGAAAGCACCAUUUCUUACUGUCAUUCAACAACUGGAAAAUAUCAAGUAUUGCUAACUGUUGACUUGUAUCUUUAGUAUAAUGCCAAGAAGGAAAUGCUUUGAAUAAGUGUUGGAUUCUAAUCCAGUAUUUGAUACUGGAUUCCUGUAAGGUUGGGAUAUUUGGAACUCCACCUUUUUAAAUAUUUUCUGAUCCUCGCUGUCCCUUUAACAGAGGGUAUUCAAACCAGACUGAGGAUCAGAAUCACCCAGGGUCCUUGUUUAAAACAAGAUUGCUAAACUUCAGUCCCAUAGGUACUUCUAAUAAUGGCCAAAUCUGGCCUGGCCAGCCAAAAUUACAAAUUUAAGGUAGAGUUACAUCAAGAUUGAGCUGUAUCAUUGAGUUCUGUAAUUUCUAGUAUUCUGCCCUUCAUUGUGGCCCAGUCUUCAUCUCGACAUAUUACUCCCACUCUGCCAACCCGCACUUGGCUAUGCGUUUUAAGCCCACCUGCUGAACAGCACCAGGGACUAGUUUUACACUGGAGCUGGAGGAGGGAGGAGGCCUGUAACUGAAGCUCACAUUUCGUCUGGGGAUCUCAUUUAUACUCCCACUGCAUGUUCCCAUAUAGACCUUUGGUUUUCAGUAGUCGUCAGGAUCGGAAUAUUACUCUAGCAGUCUUCAUGUUCAGGCAACUUACAGCCCUUUUAAAAAGUUUUACAAUUUAAAAUUAUUUAGAAAUUGUAUCUAAUUUCCCCAUAAUAGAACUUAAUAGCUAACUUUUUGUAGAAAUUUCUUGGAAGUGUUUAAUCAACCUAUAAAGUGUUUAGAGGUAUAAAUUAGACAAUAUGACACAGAAACCAAUCUUAAACUGAAUUUAAUGCCCUACAGUAUCAGAUUAAGUUCAUCUUCUCUGUGAUUCAUGUCUUAUUUUUACUAGAUCACAUUAGAAGAUAAGGGGCACUUUGAUUAAGUUCUUAAAAUUUACAGAGGUACCAACUUCCAGUUAUAAAAUAAAGAAGUCAUGGGUGAAAAGUACAGAAUGGGGGUGGGGAGAAUGUCCUGAGGCUCAUUUGGAUAAAGGCAGUGCUCCUAAAGACUGUUUUUCCUGAAGACUUUUGUGAUGUAAUAGUUUUGAGAAUUUCUCUGUAGAGCAGAGACUUUGAAACUUUUUGGUUGUAACUCACAGUAAAAAAUGCAUUUAUAUCAAAACUCAGCAUAUGCAUAAUGGAACGACAUUAUGUGUAGGGUACUCUGAUGCUUUUUAUUGUUUCAGUUUUUAAAAUAUGCUGGUUGCAACCUACCAAAUUGAUUUCAUAAUCUACCAAUGGAUUGUGACCCUUAGUUUGAAAAGAAGAAAACACCUAAUGGAGGAACUGAUAUUUAUUGAAUAUCUUUUGUUUUCCAGGCACUUCACUAGGCAUUUUACAGGUAAGGACACUGAGUCUCAGAGAUGUUACAUAAUUUGCAGGGGGGUAUUCAGGUGUAAAAAGUUGAAGCCAGGAUGUUCACUAGGUCUCUUGAACUACAAAAAUUUCUAUUACUCUCCUACUAUGCUACUUCUGUAUAUAAAAUUGAGGUAGGCCAUUCGUCCUGCUUCAGCCAAACCCCAAUUUAUUCUGUAAGGCAGGCUUGCUGUGAAUUUACAUAUGCCAUUCGUUUGCAGUGGGGUUUUUUUUUUUUCCUACUCUUUUGUCACAAAGUGUCCCACAUCCUCAGAGUUUUCAAUAGUGGCUGAUGCAGAAGUACCCAGUGCUGAAUUUGGUCCUUAGACUAUGAAAUUAAAAAUGUUUCCAUUCCACCUGCACAU